AUAAAAAAAAUUACGGUUUAUAAGACAAGUAAACAAGCUCGUGCUAUACAAUCCAAGAGAGUACAAGUGUGGCCACUUCAACUCCCAGGAUUUGAAAGACGCGGGCUAGAAAACCAUGGAAGCCCAGUCCAAUGAACAUUUACGUCUGGUGGGCUUUGUCAUCGUCACUGACAGACGGCCCAACACUUACCACUUAUCGUCCCUUCUGCCGCAACAAAGUCUCUCUCACAUCUGCCCCUCCGCCGCCGCCCCCUCGCCGGCGACGACCCACCGGAGAUGGGCGCCGCCAGGACCGGGAAGCCUCCUCCCCUCGUCUGCUUCAAAUGGCCAUGGAGCCCCAACCCUGACCCUACCCCAUCGCCGAGUCCCAGCCCCAGCCCCUGCGGCGACCUCGAGCUCCCCUGGCUCUUCAAGUCCAUCCGCAACCUCGCGCAGGGCCUCCUCAUCGCGGGCGACCUCCCUCCCUCCCCCGCCUCUUCUGCUGCCGGCGGAAGAGGAUUAUGGGGCCGUCAGAGGCGCAGCACGGGUGCCGCCGCGGUGGUGGUGGUGGAGGCGGACCGCGGGGACGCGGAGCAGCGGGCCCUGGCGGCGGCGCUCGCGACCGGGAGCCCCGCCACCGUGCUGGAGUUCUACUCCCCGCGCUGCCGCCUGUGCGCCUCGCUGCAGGGCCUCGUUCGCGAGAUCGAGGACGGUGCCGGUGGUUCCGCUAGCUUCGUGCUCGCCGACGCCGAGGACGACCGGUGGCUCCCUGAGCUUCUGCAUUAUGAUAUCAGAUACGUCCCUUGCUUUGUGCUCCUGGACAAGCACGGCAGAGCUCUAGCGAAGACCGGAGUACCAACCAGCCGGCAGCACGUUAUCGCCGGUCUCCAUCAUCUCCUGAAGAUGCAGCAGCCAUCCGGACGGGAAGUAAACCAGAGUGCGCCUCCGUCACGAAGCCCAGAUGCCUGAGCAAGAUCUGUAAUGGCAAAGAAAAAAUUUCGGAAUGUGCAUUUUGUUGUGCAAGCAUGAAAAUGGGCAACAUUCAUACGUCAAUUCUUUAUUAGCUGAUUAGUGGUACAGAUUGUAGUUGGUGCAAAAGCAGUUGUUCUUUUUUGGGUUGAGUUUAGCGACCAUAGCUUGAUGAUAUCCGCCUUAAAA